AUGGCGACGAGCCUCUUUCUAAGCCACGUGGCACGACCGGACCUUGCUUUUCUGGCCUAUGUUUCCGUCUUGUCCUUUCUGGCUUACUGUCUAGGCCGGCCUCUAGUGAAGUUUGCCCAUGCAUUGUUGUACCCCGACGACCAGAAAGCUUCCUAUCAAAACUCCGGUCUCGACCAGGCCGAGAAAGGAGGACUGCAAAAGCAAGACGAGAUGACGGACGAAGACAUUUUCCAGUUGGAGAAGAGGGCAUUCUUUAGCAAGACCUGGUUGUUCGUAUGCCACCGCAGCAGAUUUGAUAAACCCGGAGAUUAUCAUGCCUUUGACAUCGCCGGGAUCUCGUUCUUUGUUGUCCUGGGCAAGGACUUGCAACUCCGAGCGUUUCACAACAUCUGUCGACAUCGAGCUUACACGGUGGUUCGUAAGCCCUGUGGCACAUCCACCCGGUUCUCCUGCAAAUACCACGGCUGGCAGUAUGACGAUGAAGGUCGACUGGUCAAGGCGCCCAAAUUCGACGAAUCUCCCGGCUUUGUACCCGAGGACAAUGGUCUGUUCGAGGUCAAGUUGAUCACGACCAGAGAGGGGUUGGUGUUUGCCAACUUCGAUGCGAGCACGAUGAAACUCCCUUUCAAUAAUGUCAAGUCUCAUGUCGACCUUGGGAGCUGCUCUUACGUGGAUGGCGUGAGCGUGACUUGUGCCACGAACUGGAAAGAUAUUGCAAACGAUUUCUCGAGUCAGUGUCAAUGGUCGCAGAACCCUUUCGGAUGGUUUCCUCGACUUCGCAAGCAGAAGAUGGCGACAUUGCUCGGCCCGUUGAGCAUGGUCAAAGAGCUCCGUGCGGGCUUGUGGUGCACUAUGACUCUACUUCCCCGGUCGCCUACCGAGGUGGUGGUGAGAUGCGAUCUAUAUGCCAGAAAAGGAUAUCAAGUUCCGGCAAGGGUCGUUGAGCAGCAAAAAUGGAUGUUGGAGAAGGAGUUGCUCAAUUUGUCGAAACCUGAUACCUCUGACAAGUCGUCAAGGACGCCGUUUGCGUACCAGUGUGGAGGCCGCACCAUUGAUUUAUUCGCAAUCCUGGCUCAACAUGAACGAAACGAAAAAUUGGCCAAGAAGAAGCUGCAGCCAGCUAUUCGGAUAACGAGCUCUGCUGAGAUUGACGAAGAAGCGGCAGCAAUCUGUGAUGCAAUUGAUGGCAUGGACGAGACCACCUCUUUGGAGAAGUGUUCAAAAAUAUCCAGUUUUCCCCAGACACUGGAGUGGUAA